GAGGAGGAGGAGGGGGGGUUGGUCCGGGAGAGCAUGGCCGAAGGAGCCACAGCGCUGACUUGGUUUGGUUCCUCCACAUUGAUAACACCGCUUCUGGUGCCGCGCGUCAGGGCACAUUUAACAUUUAACCCGGAGAUUUUGUGCGUUUGCGCGUGGCGGAGAGGUUUGAUUUGCUGCGUGCGUUGCUGUUCUGCAGGGCAGAAGCGCUCGGGCAGCUGCGGGUUCAGCCGGAGCUGAAGCUGCUGGUUUGCGUCUUCUCUUUGGCGUCUUGGUGAUUCGCAGCGAGCAGGAGGAGAAAUCCCGAGCUGGAGAGAGCGACGGCACAAGGACUGCGUUCCUGCUCUCUUUAUCUUUGCAUUGUGGAACAUUUAUCCGCUGAUAUUUUCCCAGUGCGUACACAACGUUGCCUCCUCUCUUGGAAAUUCAAUGCGAGUUGGAGAAACUGUUCCGUGAGGAAGACUGUUCGUGGCUCGGGCAGAAUUAUUGUGGAUUUGCAGCGUCUAUUCACUUCUUUAAGUAGAACUGGUUUUCAUCCAAGUGAGUGAAGAGUGAGCGUUUGGUGCAAAGUAAUUUAUCUGACUGUCGAGACGCACACUUAUCAAGAAACCGCUGUUUUCAGAGAAGAGAAAGACAUUUAAGCUUUAAUUUAGUUCUAAACACCGAAGAGGGAGCUACCUCGUGCGGGAAUAAAAAGCGUGAAGUGGACUCUCAUCCCUUCUCAACACAACACUUCUCCAUCAGACUCUUUAAACCUGAACCAGAAGAGGGACUGUAAUCAAUUUGGCUUCGGCUGGGUUCCAGAGCAAAUAUGCCGCAGGUGGAAAUGAUCCUCUUCCUCAUCCUCAUCAUUGGGAUGUGUGUGUACAGCCAGGACCCGGCUUCCAAGGUGGUGUCUGACCGCUAUGCCGUCUACUGGAACCGGACCAACCCCAAGUUUUACCGGGGUGAUUACCACAUCGAUGUCUGCAUCAACGACUACCUUGAUGUCUACUGUCCACACUACAUCGGCCCGGUCUCUGACGAGCGGGCCGAGCGCUACGUCCUCUACAUGGUGAACUACGACGGCUACAGCUCCUGCGACCACACCGCCAAGGGCUUCAAACGCUGGGAGUGCAACAGGCCUCUGUCGCCGAACGGACCGCUGAAGUUCUCAGAGAAGUUCCAGCUCUUCACUCCCUUCUCCUUAGGCUUCGAGUUUCGCCCUGGCAGAGAGUAUUAUUAUAUCUCCUCCAUCACUGACGACAAGGGAAGAAGGAGCUGCCUUCGACUCAAAGUCUUCGUCAGGCCUCCAAACAAUUGUGUGAAAAACUCUGGGAGCGUGCAGGAAGGGGUCGAUUUUGACGACAACAGUCACAACUCCCUAGAACCCAGAGACGGCAUCGGUCACGAGUCGCCAGAGCCGGCUCGAAGGGAUGUGAACUCCGUCGGUCGGUGCCAGACUUCAGUCCUCCUGCUCAGCUCCGCCCUCAUACUCCUGGCUGCCAUCUUGUCUUUAUAGCGCCCGGUUUGAGGAAUCCCCCAGGAAUGGACUGUCCUGAUUGGACCACAGGCCGCUCUACCCUGCAACCCCUCCCCUCAAGGAGCACUUUUAAAAAAACAAAAAAAAAAAACACUGACAAUCUCUCUAGGUUAAAAGAGAGAAGAAGGGACUUCAACACUGAAGCCUUUGUUGUUUUUUGACUUGCCAACUAGUGUGAUUCUUGACUUUCUGGUGGGUGCUGAUGGUCGAGGCGCCUCGAGGUGAAAGAGGCGGAGUCUCUUACCUGUUCGCCUCGCAACCAUUCACAGUAUGCAGAUAUUAAACAUUUCUUUGUGUUAAAGAUAAGCACACAUACAUGCUUUUAAACAUAUACAUACACACAACACAAACUACACAAUCAGUACAAUCUUUAGCUUGAAUGGCAAAGAAGCACAGCGGGAUCCCUCAAAAGUUUACAGACUUUAACAUUUUUGGUGUUCAGGAAAACAUCACGUAACCCCCGACAUGUAACAUGAUUAAACCUCACGUCAAAGUGGAAGAGGUUUCUAAAAAGAUCCAGGAGCGACACAUCACAUAUGGGCCAAUGGAAAGAAAAACAAGAAGGAUGUUGUUGCUAGGAGACUGUUGCCAAGGGCGCAGGGGUAUGGGACGGGUCUUUGAUGACUUAACCUUCCUCUCAGGUUAAAAAGGAGUCGGAUGCAUCGUCUCAGACUGUGGAGGACCCUUGUUCAGAGUGAAAAAAGAAAAUUUAAAGAAGCACUCAUCUGUUAGUGUUUGGAUAGGGACGACUUAAUGAUUGAUUGAUGUAUUGUUUUUUAAUAAAUCACGUAAUUCAAUUGUAGCAGCCAACACGGGUGUACAGUAAAAUAUUUGAACGGAGCGUAGGAGUCAAUACGGUAUUUUGCCAGGCAAAAAUGUAUUUUCCUAUUUAUUGUGAAGUCCUUGUGCUUUUUUCUGUUCUGGUUGAGUCUGUAAGUACAGUAGAAAGGCAAUAAAAAGCAACUACACUUACUAAGUUAGUUCAUAUUACACACAGUUUAUUUGAUACAAUCAUACAAAAACACUGAGUACAGUUUAUGUAUCUGCUUUGCUUGAUCGCUGAUGAUGGUUUUUUUAAAUAGUUUUUAACAAAGUCCAGGAAGAAAAAAAAAGUCUGAUGUGCUAUCAGGGUGUAGAAAUCGUAGAAUACUUGUGUUUUCGAAUUUGUCAUUAAAAAUGUCACAAAUGUAGUUUUACUAUUACACUAUUGCUUUUGUGAAUCACUGUCAUAACUAUUGUACAAAGAGGCGAAUUUCCUACAAAGUUCAGGGAUGUGUCCAUACCUAACAUGAGGUAAAAAAGAUGUUUCAGUGAGACAGCGACUGAGUUACAGAGCAGCUGGUAGUGGUGUGUGGGGGGCAGGGGGUUGUGUGGGUUCAGUUGCCCUCUUUGAUGUCGUGUAAAGUGGCGUCUGUACAGAAAAUACACCGGGGGCACCCUCGUACCUGUUAUUUCUGGAAUGAAAAAUCGACCACCAGGAGAGAUGGAAUAAACAGAGCGAGGUGUCCUGUUCUCUCGGGGCAAACUGAAACUCUAGUGGACCUGAGAGGGGAAAGAGAAGGAGAGGAAGAUGUGAAGCUUUGUAGCUCUCCUGCUGAGAUCAAUAGUCAAUAGUUUUAAAGCAGGAACAUGCGGUAAACAUAUCUAUUCCACUAGACUUGUGCCGAUUGGCACAAAUCCAAAUCCACUAUUGAUGAUUAAAGAGAUGAUGGCCGUUUCCCCCCCCCCGCAUCUCCAUUCUCCAUAUGCCUGCCCACCAAAGCUUUGCUGUGCACACCAAUGUCCAUAGCAUCCGAAUCCAUCAUUUUCCGGCUCUGUUGCGGCCAGCAGAGAUGAUCUGCUGCCAUUCUGGCCAGUGUAUGUGUGUGUGUGUGUGUGUGUGCGCCCUCUGGGUCCGUGAGCCACGGGAUUUCGAAAACUCUUUUCCCCGCUUCUUUCUUCUUCUAUCUUUAUGCGCCGGGUCUAUUUUUGCCGGACUGGCUCGCGUCUCUGAAGUGUGAAAUUCACUUGUGAAUGUAUAUAAAUGCCUGUAAUUAUUGACAGUUGACUUUAAAUCAGUUUUGAAUUAUUUUAUUUGCUAGUCAUGUCUGAAGUCAUAUACAGCAAAACUAGUUUUUCGUGUUUGUAAUUAGAGAAACUGAGAGAAGGAGGGAGGGAAGGAACCCCCCCUGGGUUGUCAGAUCAGAUUAUCUAUCAGCGAUCUCUAGUAAUGACAAUAUGACGAUAUGAAAAAACAGAUGAUUGCCCAAUCUUAUUUUCCACCCCUCACUCUCAGCAGCACUGAUACCCUCCACAUUCACUCACUGCCUAAUGAAGCCACAGCCCUGCUAGUUUUACUGCUGAAAAAGACCUGUAGCACCUGCUCACUGACCCGGUAUGAAGGCGUAUUAGGGCCACUCUUGGGGAAAUUUAAAAAAAUCUGAGACGGACAUUAAAGUUGUCAUUUUGAGAUAAAAGUACGGUGGCCCUGAGAGCUCAACUCUGUAACUUAAGAAAACAAAUGCAUAUAGACAAAACACAAGCAAAUUAAGAAAGCAUCUUCACCAAUUUGAAAACACAUGCACAGCAUUUAGACAAAAUGCUGCAAAGUAAGAAAACACUCAUAAUUAAAACAUAAAACAGUCAUAAUUAUGAGAAUGAGAAUUAUGAAAGUGAUAAUUUUAAAAAAAAAGGCAACAUUAGUAGAAUAAAAUGUAAUUUUACAAGAAAAAUUUUUUGAUUUCAGGAGAAUAAAAAAAAGAGUAAAUUUGAGUCGUAAGACUCUCUAAGAAUAAUAAUGAUAAUACAAGAAUAAAAUUGUAAUUUUUUAAGAAAAGUCACGAAAUUAUGAAAGCAAAGUUGUAAUUUUACAAGAACAAGUCAUAUUACAAGAAUAUAAUUGACCAAUCCUAAUCCUGCCCCUUAAGAGAGUUGAGCAAGCUAGGUACCCGACAGAACCUCAAUCAGCUUUCCCCUUUCCUGUACUUAGAUAUGCUAUGUUGAAAAGAAAAACACAUUUUGAAGAUGGUUAAAAGAUGUUGCUGAGUCUCAAUUUGCGUCGUUUUACCUUGUUCAUAAAAGUUAACAUCGUGAAUAUAUAUCCUUCCAUCGCAUACCGUAGUCCUUGCUGUUGGCUUCUUGAAGCUAUAUUACUUGACGCCCAGAAACUAAUACACACUGCAGCACCCGGCUAAAGAGAACUGGCGUUGCCAUGUUUCUUUUUGUCAAGCAUGUCCGACCCAGCAACAGUAACUAAGGGAGGCGGGACUUAGGAUCAGUCAAGCGUAAUUUUAUUUAAAAAAAAGUCAAAACAUAGUGAGAAUAAAGUAAUGACUUUAAUAAAAAGUCAUAAUAUGACAAUAAAGUUGUCAUUUUACAAGAAAAAGUAAUAUGAAAAAAUUAUAGCUGUGUGCUCAACAUAACAAUGUUGUUUGAACUUGAACUUUGAAAUGUUACAACAGUAAUAUUAACAGUGGCCCUAAUACCCCAUCAUAGCACAGAGACUGCUUGAGGUCAGAGAGGAACGUUUUUACUCGCUUAAAGGGCCACAGAGAGACAGAUUUAAAAAAAGAAUGGUCAAAUCUAAGUAACAGAGGCCAAGAUAUGAUGUGUUUUAUUUUCAAACAAACUCUGGAUCCUACAAAUACCAUAAUGCAACUCAAUGCCGUUCCUUCCUGGCAAAUGCCCACAUCUUUCAAACUCCACACCACCAGUUUGUUACACAGGCUUCCUGUUAUAAAUUUGCAGUUUUUAAACCCAAGCCUAAUGACAUUAUCGGGGUUAUUUUUUAGGACUUUAUAAAAAGGUUCCUCCAGAGCCACAGAAGACAUUAUACAACUUUUUCACUGACUGAGUAGUACUCUCUGUGACGAGUAAACUGAAGUUGAUGUGUAAAAUCGGUAGAGUGCCCCUUUAAAUAGUCAUUAAUGCUCUCAAUUUACAAAUAAUUCCAUAAAAGUACAGAAUUCUGUAUUUCUGUUUAUUUAUUUCAAAUUAGUAGCAUUAUUACCUUUACCACUCAAUACUCUGUGUUAUUUCUUACAUGAAUUCAUUCCUUUGAAUCACUAAAUUUGUAUUACAUAAUCUCAGAUUGCUUCAUAUGCUCUUCUCUAUUCUGUUUCAGACAUUCACAAGAACAUUCACAUUCUCAGUACAAUUUUUAAUUUGAGGGCACAAAUUACCACUUCAUCAAAAAUCUUUCCCUCCUCACACCUACCAGCCUCCAUGCAUUUUAGUGCGGCCAACAUUGACAGUCACUGUAAUCAUUGCCUCUAGCCACGCCACGAUGAGAAAAACCAAUCAGUUAGUUCUGUGGAUACUGUGUAUCCAACAAUUAGUCUGUUGUAACAUACUGUAUUAGAAACUUUCUCUUUUUUUCACACCUCUUUUGAAGGGUGAUUUAACGGACACAUUAAUGUUCUUAGCAAGAAAAAAAAAGUUCAAUGUUUGAUAUUAAAAAAUGCUUUGUUUCAUUUUAUAUGUCUUUUAUAUGGAACAGGAUCAACAUUGCACCCUCUAUCUUUAAAUGUGUGUGUGUAAACAUGGCACAUAUCAAACAUGCAGUGCGGUCAGGUUACAAUCAUGAAUCAAAAGGGCCUGAAGAAAGAACAGAUAAAUCUGUUUUCCCUCCUUUUUUUUUCAAAACUGCUCUUGUUCAUUGUAUUGUUGCAUCCAAAUUGUCUUUAAGGUGCAGGAUGUUCUUUGUUUCUGUUUGUGGUCUUUUGCUAAUCUUCACCUCCAGCUGUUUCCAAGCCAAACUGCGGUUAAGAUCGCCCGUGACGACGAUUUUGGAGAAUUCAGGAGAUGCGAUUGACUUUUAUUGGUGUAGAAGCUCAAUGUGUUUGUUUGUGGCAGCGGGAGAAAGUCUGUUUUCCACCUCGAAUUUUGAUGUUACAUGUUUUAUUGAGCAAACUGUGCUAUAAGGACUUCUUCUUCACCUGAUUUUGGUACCAUGUAGCCUAAAGCUAACACCACUGUGUCCAUGGUUUGCAGCGUCUGUUCUCCAUCCUCUGUAUCUUAAAAAAGGAUGUGGGCUUUUGUCAGUGCAUCUAGCAUUGGGAAGGCUUUUGUUACUUUAGCCACAACUGUGCUUUUCUUUCCCAAACUAGAAAUGGAUGUGCCACAAAACUGCACAUUUCUUUUAACAUUGUAGUAACUGUACCUUGUGCCUAUAUGAGCCCCAUCCUCUCCUGUACUCAUCUAAACUAUUCUAAUGUCUGUUUCCUGCUCAAUCCCUCACUAGAAUUUUCUACAAAAAGGCCAUUUCUUUCUUUGUAAAUACACGUGUUGGAGCAGCUAUGACUAACUAAAACAAACAAGAAAAAAAGAUUUAAUAAAUAUUUCUUUGUCGUUGUAA